AUGGAGCUGCCAGACGGAGAUUUAGCCGCGAAAAAGUUGAUCGGUUACCGAGGAAUCGCCCGGGUACCACUGCACGCUUUGAAAUUUGGACACAGGAUCGUGCUAGACAAACAUCGGGAUCUCUCUCAUAAGAAUGUCACACGCUUGGAGAGGAUCUAUGAGCAAGUGGGCUGCUCACGGCUGCAGGAAGAGAAUGUUAUAGAUGCUCUUGUCGAGGACGAUGACCUAGUUGCAGCACUGUCCUUGCACGGCAUGUCAUUGGAUGAUAUGCGCAGCCUCCAAUGGCCACAGGACGCACCUGCUUUGCAUCUUGAGAACGUGCAAUGCCUUUCUGGCAUGCACCGGAUUGAGGCGGCACGGCGUUUUCUGAACGAGAAUGAUAAAUGGUGGAUCGUGAGGCUGUUCUCCUAUGAUACUCCUAAGCCGGUAUUGGUUCGUAUUAUUGAGUCAUACUCCAACGAACAGAAGCCUUCAGAUGGCGAGAUCUUCCGCAAGAUUAGAUUGUAUCACCGAGAAAAUGACCAAGAAGCCCAAAAAGGAUGGUGGUCUCGCCUGGAGAAGUCUAAGCCUAAGGAUCUACGGCAACUUUUCAGACGACCUUUACUUGCUGCCGGCUUCGAUGCCUUGAUUGACAUGCCAGGGCUAUGGGCUAAACUGCAACUUGGAGCGCUUCACAGGCUCUUAGUGUUGAAGUGCGACGAGGAAAUGACGCUUUACUUAGAUUAUAUCGCAAAAGCGUGGAAGAGAAUCUUGCGCUGCGGUGACACGACAUUGCCUUUCUCGGCUGUUGAUGCUGUUACUGUACAAAGCCUUGAGCUUCUGGCUCCUAAGCACUCGAACAUCGACAAGAGCCUGGUUAUCGAUCUCAUGGAACGUGGAGAGAUAUUUCCCUCGCAGAGGGACCAUGGCAUACGAAAAGCUCUAGUGGAAAACAUAUGUAAUUUUCCUGGCGUAAUUCCGUCACUAUGGAGCUUUUUCGAGACACUGAAGUAUUUGGAGCCUCUUUGCGAAGCGCUUAGACAGUUGCUAGGUGAGCAGAUGAAACGUACAAUACGGUCAAGUCUCACGGGACUCUUCUUUGCUCCUAGCAAGAACAUGGAGCAACUUAAUGAGACCGAAGAUGUUGAGAUCAAAGUGGGGCUCAGCCAGCAAGACGCAAUGAUGGUUGCAUACACGGAGCUGUGGGCAUUCUGUAGCCGUCACUUUGAUGGCUUAACAGCGUCUACACCAAGAAAGGAAACAGGAGGACCGAAACCUCACGUGAAAGGACCUAAUCCAGUGGCUUGGCAACACCUAGCGAAGUUCGCCAUUUCUCGGGGUUUCCAAAUAACACACGCACAAGCUCUUGUAGCGAAGGCGGAACAGUAUCAUUCACAACUCGCUUUGGAUUACCUUCGUAAAGCAAAGCCAAUGUGUCCUAACUUCUCUAGUGACCACAUCCAGAGAGUCUUAACAGCGGUUCGAUCAGAUGAGAGUCUUGAAACACGCGAACCGAUUCUACAACUCCCGCAUCUAAGCCUCGAUCGGCGAAGUGGUCGCCCUUUUGAGCGUGACUUCACUGAAGAGAAAAAGAUAAUGUUCUUUUCACAGCUGUACAGCGGUCCGCCAUGCAAGGACUUGAAUUUGAGACUACUGCGUCGCGAUCUUUUCUCUUGCAUUUUUGUCUCUAUAGAACUCCAGGCAACUGACUUUGGACCACCAAUAACCACUCCUGUCUUAACCCAAGACGUUAUGGAUGUUGACAUCCCACCUGAACCACCAAACCCAGAUGCCCAGCAUACUGAACUGCGAUUACGCUACGCAACGCUUCAGCAGGAGCACCAGAAAUUCUCGACUCAGCACCAGACCCUCGUGAGCAAAUCUGAAAUGCAACACGAAAGAAUUAAUCAUCUAGAGAAUGAGAAUGCAGAAACGAAAGGCCUUUUAGAAAGGUCCACAGCGGAACAACAACAACUAAACGACGCAUACUACCGUGUCAUGCAAGAACACGAAGACUGCCAGAAAGUCAAAGAACAGCUUCAGGAUUUGGCCUAUCAAUGGAAAGCACAGUUAGAGGAGAAUAUCGAGCUUAACUCCACGUGUAACAAUCUCCGACGAGAACUAAAAAAGGCUUUAGAGAAUCGAACGCCGGAUAACCCGCUCCUAGAAGUAGAAGAGGUACAAGCGCCUGUUGCAGUAGAGGCCACAACCAUGUCAGACAUGGAAUACAGUGAGGAAGAGCCAAUCUCAGAUGAUCUGACACUACAUACUUGGAUAGCAGGGUCCGAUGAUCGAAAUAAGUAUGAAAUCUUCCUUGCUUUUGCCGUCACUGAAGAAUUCGAAUUGCAAGGGUAUGGCUUUGAUAUAAGCCAAAGUAUUGAGGAGGCAAUACCUCAGAUAAUUGAUUCUCUACGCCAAGCUGAAACAACAUUUGGUAGUGACCAGUAUCAUGCGAUUACUGUCCUGGGAAUGCAUCUCAUCAACAAGGAGCCUGCAUUUAUUUUCGAGUGUCUUGAGGCAAAUCGGACGAUAUUCAUCGGACGCAACUCCGUGCUAGCAGCAUUUGUUCCGGCUUUGACUGACGAAGCAUCUUUUUUACAACCGCAUCAUUCAGUUGUGACCACUGAGAAGGUAGCUACCCAAGCUCUGAAAGAAGAAUCUACCAGACAAGGCAAACGAAAGCGAGGGGAGGCUACUGGGGAGAUCACGGCUAAACGACGUUGCGCAGCUGGGGCUAAAGUAGCACUAUCUACUCCAAGUACGAGAGCCAAGAAAAGAAAGCCUCUAGGGAUCUUGAAAUCUAAGAAAGCUAGAAGUAGUGAAUGGGCUUUUGCUGGAACUACGACCUCAACAGCAUCAGAAUAA